AUGGGAGUGGAUCCCGGCAAGGCUGGCAGUUAUGCAGCAGGGAUGCUAGUGGGCGUAGGUUGGUGGGUCUUAGCAGACGGCGCGGCGUCUGCGGCCUACAACCAUUCGCAGAUCCCAUUCGGCUUUGUCAAGUAUUUGCCAGGCAUCGUCUCCACGCUUGCGUUUUUCCUGGUAAACACAGUGGACUGGGGCAUGCUAUCAGAAGAUGCCCGCUUUGCUUAUGGCUCGGAAGUGGCCACUCGUGCCCGGUGCUUUGUAGUUUUUUGCAUGGCUUUAUCAGUGGCUGCACUGAUGGGGUCGUUGUUGGUAUUCACGCACACGUACGUGAAUAACGAGUACAACGAGUCGGCGUGGCCAGGUGCUGCUAUUGUGAUUCAAAACGGGUUUAUUCUAAUGGGCACUUUUGUCAUGAGGACAAUUUGUAAAGUAUUUAUUUUUAAACAUGACAUCUGA